AUGUCGACCAAGGAGGUGGACGAGCAGAUGCUCAACGUGCAGAACAAGAACUCGUCCUACUUUGUCGAGUGGAUCCCCAACAACAUGAAGUGCGCCAUCUGCGACAUCCCGCCCAAGGGCCUCAAGAUGUCGGUCGGCUUCAUGGGCAACUCGACCUGCAUGCAGGAGGUGAUGAAGCGCGUCGCCGAGCAGUUCACCGCCAUGUUCCGCCGCAAGGCCUUCCUCCACUGGUACACCGGCGAGGGCAUGGACGAGAUGGAGUUCACCGAGGCCGAGUCCAACAUGAACGACCUCGUCUCCGAGUACCAGCAGUACCAGGACGCCUCGGCCGAGGAGGAGGGCGAGUACGACGAGGAGGGCGGCGAGGAGUACUAG